AUGGAUGGUUCAUCGAGCAGUAUCCGACCAGAAAUGGUUGAAGCGGCCAUCAAAUUCAUGAAGACUCCAAAAGUUUAUGGUAGUCCAUGGGACGAACAACGGGCCUUUCUCGUAGGGAAAGGACUCACUGAGCAAGAGAUUGAAGAAGCUCGUCGGCAAGUCCCCCCACCAUCACAGAUUGUCGUUGGUCAGGGUAAUGGACACUAUGCUUAUUCUGGACCUCCUCCACCACCCCCACCCAAUCGAAUUGUUUCCUUUGCUCAAUCAGCUGUGAUGAUCAGUGCUGUCAGUUAUGCGGGUUAUCGUUUUUUGCGAUCUUACGUGUUGCCCCGAUUCUUCGACAUUCCGGAUCCGGCCAUGGAAGAAACUCGCCAGCUACAACAACAAUUAAACGAUCUGCAAAAUUCGAUGAAAUUUGUGAUUGAUAGCGUUUCACAAACCACACAAACACUUGCAAUGCAACAGGAAGAGAUCUCGAAAGCUCUUCUUUCAAUCAGCAGUCGAGACACCGAAUUUUCGAGAGUCGAACAGGGGAUAAGCACAAUUCGAGGGCUUCUGUUGAGUCACAAUCAAUUUGCACCAAUUCAUGUACCGGCGGCGGCUGUGACAAACGAUGUAGGCUCAUCAGUGUCCUCAUUACCCUCGUGGCAACGCGCUCCACCCACAAAUUUUGCCAAGCAAAACGGAGUGAAAGAGAAAAAUGCCGAAGAGAAUGAAAAGGAGGAAGAGGAAAACUCGAAAACUGGCCUCAUCAAUGAGGAGGAGACUGAGGAUUUCCAAGAUGUCAGCGAU